CCGGCUCCGCCCCACCUCCGGGCCGCCUCCCUCCCUGUCUCCUAGCUGCGCCCCGGCCGAGCGCCCCCUCCUAUCUCCCCCUUCUCCGCCCUGCGUACCCCGCCCGUGAUCGCAUCGUGAGCCCCUCCCGCUGCGCCGGGCUGGGGGAUUCGGCCGCCCCCGCCCCAACCGGGAGGCGGCGGCGGCCACCCAAGGCUGCAGUGGGGACCAAGAUCUAAGGCCCAGCGGCGGCCCUGCGUCUGGACCGGGCACGCGGGGGUCUGUGCCUCUGCGCCCCCAGCCCAGGGCCACGGUGCCUGGCCUCACCACAGGCUGGAAGAGGCACACACAAACACAGCCCUGAUCAAGCUACAGGACCUCCUCAGUAGCACACAGGGUUCCUUCCCACGAAGCCCUCAGGGAGAGCCUCUUACUCUGACUUAUGCUUGGUCUUGCUUUCCAGCUCUGGAAUCCUGCAGUGUAUUCGGUUUGGCUUCUCUCCUCCUCCGGGGCCCUGGCUGUUGGUGUACCCAGUCUUUUUGAUCUCACAGGCCGGGCCCACCCGCGGCCCCCCAUGAGCGCGCCCGGCUGACCCUGGAGGCGGCCGCGGUGGAGCCGGCGCGCCCCAAGGGCGGCUGGGCCAUGGCCUCGCUGGACCUACCGUACCGCUGCCCGCGCUGCGGGGAGCAUAAGCGCUUCCGGAGCCUGUCGUCGUUGCGCGCGCACCUGGAAUACAGCCACACCUACGAGACGCUCUACAUCCUCUCCAAGACCAACAGCAUCUGCGACGGCGCGGCCGCCGCUGCAGCUGCAGCUGCCGCAGCCUCUGGCUUCCCUCUGGCGCCUGAGCCCGCGGCCCUGCUGGCUGUCCCCGGGGCCCGGCGCGAGGUCUUCGAGAGCACGUCCUUCCAGGGCAAGGAGCAGGCAGCGGGGCCAGCGCCCGCGGGGCCGCACCUGCUGCACCAUCAUCACCACCACGCGCCACUGGCGCAUUUCCCCGGUGACCUGGUGCCCGCCAGCCUGCCCUGCGAGGAGCUGGCCGAGCCGGGGCUCGUGCCCGCUGCGCGCUAUGCGCUACGCGAAAUCGAAAUCCCACUCGGCGAGCUCUUCGCGCGCAAGUCCGUGGCAUCCUCGGCCUGCUCGACGCCGCCACCCGGACCUGGCCCUGGUCCUUGUUCCGGGCCUACCUCUGCAUCGCCGGCGUCGCCAUCACCUGCGGACGUCGCCUACGAAGAGGGCUUGGCACGCCUCAAGAUCCGCGCCCUGGAGAAGCUGGAGGUGGACCGGAGACUAGAGCGGCUGAGCGAGGAGGUGGAGCAGAAGAUCGCGGGCCAGGUGGGUCGGCUACAGGCUGAACUGGAGCGCAAGGCAGCAGAGUUGGAGACUGCACGACAGGAGAGCGCGCGCCUGGGGCGUGAGAAGGAGGAACUGGAGGAGCGCGCGUCUGAGCUCUCGCGCCAAGUGGACGUGAGCGUGGAACUGCUGGCUUCGCUCAAGCAGGACCUGGUGCAUAAGGAACAGGAGCUGAGCCGCAAGCAGCAGGAGGUGGUGCAGAUCGACCAGUUCCUGAAAGAGACGGCAGCCCGGGAGGCCAGUGCCAAGCUGCGGCUGCAACAGUUCAUUGAGGAGCUCCUGGAGCGUGCAGACAGGGCUGAGCGCCAGUUGCAGGUCAUCAGCAGCAGCUGUGGCAGCACUCCCAGUGCCAGCCUGGGCAGAGGAGGUGGGGGCAGUGCCUCGGGGCCUGGGCUGAGAGGCCCAGGCAGAAUGCGAGAACACCAUGCAGGCCCAGCUGUGCCAAGCACAUAUGCUGUAUCACGGCAUGGCUCCUCUCCCAGCACAGGGGCCUCCAGCCGUGUGCCAGCUGCAUCCCAGAGCUCAGGCUGCUAUGACAGUGACAGUCUGGAGCUACCCCGACAAGAGGAAGGGCCCUCGGAGGACAGUGGCCCUGGGGGCUUGGGUUCACGGGCCCAGGCAACCAACGGUGGUUCAGAGCGGUCCCAGCCCCCUCGUAGUUCAGGUCUACGAAGACAGGCCAUCCAGAACUGGCAGCGCCGACCGCGCCGUCAUAGCACGGAAGGGGAGGAAGGUGACGUCUCAGAUGUGGGCUCCCGAACUACUGAGUCAGAGGCUGAAGGACCCUCUGAUGUCCCACGCCCUGGACCUGCUGUGGCUGGACCCUUGAACAGCUGCCGGCUCUCGGCCCGCCCUGAAGGAGGCAGCGGGCGAGGCCGACGGAUGGAGAGAGGCAGCCCCUCACGCUCCAAUGAGGUCAUCAGCCCAGAAAUCCUCAAGAUGCGUGCUGCCCUCUUCUGUAUCUUCACCUACCUGGAUACCCGGACACUGCUACAUGCUGCAGAGGUCUGCCGGGACUGGCGCUUUGUGGCGCGCCAUCCCGCUGUCUGGACGAGAGUGCUGCUCGAGAACGCUCGAGUCUGUUCCAAGUUCCUGGCGAUGUUGGCUCAGUGGUGCACCCAGGCUCACUCAUUAACAUUACAGAACCUGAAGCCCCGGCAGCGGGGAAAGAAGGAAAGCAAGGAGGAGUAUGCCCGCAGCACCCGGGGCUGCCUUGAAGCAGGGCUGGAGUCCCUGCUGAAGGCCGCUGGUGGGAACCUGCUGAUCCUGCGGAUCUCCCACUGCCCCAACAUCCUCACUGACCGGUCACUCUGGCUGGCCAGCUGCUACUGCCGUGCCCUGCAGGCUGUCACCUACAGGAGUGCCACGGACCCUGUCGGCCAUGAGGUGAUCUGGGCCCUGGGCGCAGGCUGCAGAGACAUUGUCUCCCUCCAGGUGGCUCCACUUCACCCCUGCCAGCAGCCCACCCGGUUCAGCAACCGUUGCCUGCAGAUGAUUGGACGCUGUUGGCCCCACCUCCGGGCCCUGGGCGUAGGUGGUGCCGGCUGUGGGGUACAGGGCCUGGCAUCACUUGCAAGAAACUGUAUGCGGCUGCAGGUCCUGGAACUGGACCACGUGUCAGAGAUUACCCAGGAGGUGGCGGCAGAGGUCUGCCGGGAAGGCCUGAAAGGACUGGAGAUGCUGGUGCUCACAGCCACCCCUGUCACCCCUAAGGCCCUGCUACAUUUUAACAGCAUCUGCCGGAACCUCAAAUCCAUUGUGGUGCAGAUUGGGAUUGCAGAUUACUUCAAAGAGCCCAGCAGUCCCGAGGCCCAGAAGCUGUUUGAGGAUAUGGUGACAAAACUCCAGGCCCUGAGACGGAGGCCUGGCUUCUCGAAGAUUCUGCACAUCAAGGUAGAAGGUGGCUGCUAACCCGGGUGAGGGGCGGCAGGGCACCUGCCAGCCCCACACCAAGUGCUCUUUGGACCUCUGGAGGGGCCCUGGCUUGGACUAGACCUUUGGAGGCUUAGUGUUUCCCCAGGUUCCAGACAGUGGUUGAAUAUCCUGUCCAGUUGGGACAGCAGAGUGACAGGUGACCCAGAGCACUGCCUGCCCAGGACAGGGGCUGAAAAGAAGCUGCCCUGAGACACCUCCCCCCUCACAUUCCCAGCUGAAACAGCCUCUGGCACAGCCAGCAAGGAGCUGAGCCGACACACCAGCAGCUGGUUGUCACUGCUCAGAGGAUCUGCAGUAGCCACCCAGCAGCUCCUCAGCUGCUCAGGCAGGUCUCCUUCCUGAGGCCAUCUCCUGGUCAGGAGCCUGUCAAGCCACAGGCCAGAAGGGGCUUAAGGCAGCUCAGACAUGACAAGGAGGACUCUUCUCCCCUUUCCCUGACCAAGCCCUCUGUAAGGCACUCCCUUUGGACAGAGAGACUUUCUUCCAGGUCCACAUUCUCCUGUGAUAAUCCAGGCAAGUCUAGGAAUCCAAGUACAAGGUUAGCUGAAGUUGGGGCAGGGCCAUAGGGUUGAAUUUCAAAAGGUUAAAAAAAAAAAAAAAAGGUCUAGAACACACCAGGACGAGACCUGCACCUCCCAAGCAGGCAGAGGACUGGCCAGUUGGAGGAGGCUACUCCUAAGACAGAGUUCUUGUCAUCACACUCCAGAGCUAAGCUCAAAGUAGUCUAUACCGCUCCUUGCUGAGGGAUCAGAGAGCUGGGGUCCCACCAAAGCCCUACAGUGAGAAGGGACCCAGGCAUUUUGGCAGGAUUCCCAAGCCUUUCAGGUCCCUAGGCCAUUGGGAGGGGGGACUCUGGGUUACCUGCUGUGCUGGAGUUUGGGGGAGGGGGAGUGGCGUUACCUAACAGAGGAAUCACUUCCACAGCCCGUCUUCCUGAGUCUUUACAGUCCUGGGCUGAAACUAUAGUAGGAGAAUACUUGUGGUAUGGUGUCGCUGGCCCUUGCAUCAUACCCAGGAAGUCUGGUCACCAAACCCCACAGACUGAGCAUCCCCUAACUGAAUUCCUCUGCUCGGAACUUGCAGUGGCCAAGACACAGGUCUUGGCCACCCUCAUUUGGGCAGAUCUUUCAAAUGCCUGGUUUGUCAUCCACAUCUUAGGGUUUUCUUUGCUCCUUUAUAAGGUGGGAUCCUCUUGCCAGUUUUCUCCAGCUGUGCACAACCUGGACUGGGCACAAACACAUCUGUAGGUUGUUGCCAAACAAGUCCCUUCCACUGCUGCACAGCCUCCAGCUGGAUGCUCCCUGACCCUAUAGCUCUGUCCCAGUUUGUCAUCAUCGCUGAGCUGUGUGGCUUGUUCUGUACCUGCUCCUUACAGACUGAAAUGCCAAGGCUGUCGUGCUGGGUACUCCACGCCUCGUCCUGCAUGUAACCUUGGCUGUGCGGUAUCUAUGCCCCUACCUCUCACAGCUGCCUCCGGUUGCUCCCACCUCCCCAGCCUUGUCCCCAGGAGUCACAGGCAACAGCACAACUUUCCUCCUUCAGUGGCCCAGAAAGGGGGUGGAGGUGCGCUUGGGCCCCAGCUGCCUUUAGUAGGUCAGGUGUUUGCCAGCUGCAUCCAUGUAGCUCCUGCUUCCUGUGACUCUCAAGACUGAGGUGCUGCCCUUUCUGUCUCUUGGAUAAAGCACAAAGUAAUGUUGUUGGCCAAGCCUGCCCCAAGGGGGUUCCGAUUCACAACCCCAGGAUUUGGACAUCUCCCUGGGUAGGGGAGGCACCUGCUGUUGGGGGAAGUAGAUCAGGGUGCACAGCCAUCAGGGCAAGAAGCUAGCUAGCCCCGGGCAUUCUGAUCCACGGAGAGGGAAUCCUACCCCUAAGAGGUCCCACCCGUGUUCUUGUUCUGAGUAAAGGUGAGUAAAGUGUAAGUUUUAACCUAAGCCUUUACCAACCUAAGUGACAGGUCACUGUGUCCUGCCUGGCUGAGUCUUGGGCAUCAUAGUCUUCAGGCAUGCUGAGAGCCAGCAGCUCUGACACCAAGUUGUGGACCCUUUGCCUUCUCCGAAGGGGGGCAAUCCCUGCCUCUGGAUGCUGUGCUCAUUUACAUCUUUAGCAGUCACAGAGCCUGUUGGGCAUGGGGUGAGCCCCUGGCUUCCUUAGAAGCACCCCAGCCUUUCAUCAGCUACUCAAAGUCCCCUGCAUCUCAUACUUACUGAGGCACAGGAAGCCCGAGUGGGCAUGCCCUGCUCCAGAAAGCAGCUCUGGGUCAGCAGAGAAGGCUCACAGAGGGCAACCACUUGCUAUCUCUCACACUCCCAUCCCCUGCCAAACAGCCUGGCGCAUCUAAGUUGUGGCAUGGUUUGGCUUGAGUACUUAAUGCUUAUGCAGGCUGCUUUCCCCCAGUUAUGGCAAAAAGGUAUGCGCCCUGCCCAGACACCCAGCUUUCCACCCAUGGAGAGUACCCUAAAAUCAGGCUUUUCUUUUUUUAAACCCCAUUGACAACUGAGGCUAAGUCAGCCUCAGGAAUUGCAUCAGAAACUUACCAGGCCUUCUUCCCAAGGCCUGCUUUGCUCUGUCACCAGCCCUGAUCUUGAAUCCAGAACACAGGCAAUAAGCUGUCAACUCCAGUGUGUAAGGCACAAUGUUGAAGGACAAUUUCCCAGAGUUGACAGCUGGUGCCAAAGACAGUUCCCGGUGAACUUGGAGAGGUGAGACCUCAGUGGGACAUGGUCCAGUGCCCGGUGGAGUUAAGAACUGAUGGGGUCUACCCUAGUCACCAGCCUGAGGACCUGACAGUUUCCUGCCCUUGGUGGCCAUGCUUUUUCAUCCAGCCUUGGCUCAGGCCAGCAUCUCUCUGUAUAUAUUACUGUGUAUAUUCACUCCUGGACAAGUGAGCUCAGCUGUAGUCCUUGCCUGAGGACAAGUCUUAAGGGUGGGUGAAGAGCAGACCAUUAGGCUUUCCUUAACUUUUUGGGACCUUAGUCCUUAGACUGCCCGACAAUCAAGCAGGCACCCCACCAGGAGGCCAGCUCUGGGCCUCUGUGGUUAUUACAGCCCUGGGGAGGCUUGACCUGGAAUUCCCAAGGCUUUACUCGGCCCUGGCAGGGAUCUCAGGCAGGGACCUGAGGUGGCUCAAGAGGGCACAGCUAGCCCUUAGGCCCUGACUCCCUGCACAGCCAGGCUGCAACCUGCCCUCAUGCACACUAGGCAGAGGGGUGGACAGGAACUUUUGAUUUUAGUUUUGUUUCUAAAGUGGUGCCUGUACCUCCAGCCCCCAGGGGGCCCUCCCUGGCCCCACUUACCUGCCCCACCAGGCAUUGCCAUUCCAGCACUUUGCCCCAUGUCGCCCAGAUGCCCUUUGCAGAAUGUAUCCGAGCGUAUGUAUUUAAAAGGACUCGUGGGCGUCAGAAUUUAUGGUUCUGUAUCCAAUAAAAGAUGGUGAACUGAAAA